AUGGUAAGGAUUUUUCAAAGUUUUUGAUCUGCUAGAUGGUUGUGGAUGUUUUCUGGGGAAUUUGAACUGUUGCCCACUGAUUUUUUGUUUGAUUUUAGGCGACUAAACGGAUAAAUCAUGAUGAUUAUCCGAUCUCGGGCCCAGAACUUUACUUUUAUUUUGCCGUCUGGAUUGCGCAUUCGCUCAUAGCUGUUGUGUUGACCUACACAGCAUCCUCACAGGUUGGCUUGUGGUUUAACAGUGCUUUGCGGGAAAGUCCGUAAGUUCUUUGUGCAUGAGUUAUAGUAUACGGAACUGGGACGACUGAGGAAACCGAAAAGUAUUAUUUUUCUUCGAUGCAAAUGUCGAAAUUAGGAUAAUCGAGGGUGCUGAUUUCGAAAAUGACAUUCAUUUUUUUGAUGGUUACUUUUUUCUUUAAGUAGUACUGUAAAGCAGUAAUUUUUUGAUUUUUUUUCACGAAUACUCGAUUUGGGGGUUUUCGAUGGUGCUGCUUUCAAAUCAGAAAAAACGAAUAAGAUUUUCGAAAUCAGCACCAUCGAAACCCCCCAAAUCGAGUAUUUGUGAAAAAAAUUCAAAAAAUUACUACUUUAUAGUACUGCUUAAGGAAAAAAGUAAGGAUCAAAAAAAUGAACGUCAUUUUCGAAAUCAGCACCCUUGAUUGUCCUAACUUCGACACUUGCAUCGAAGAAAAAUAAUACUUUUCGGUUUUCCCAAUCGUCCAACUCCGACAGUACCUCAACUUUAUUCAGCAACGAAAUUUGUUAUCCUAUUGUAACAAACUCCCUUUUCAGAUACCACUCAGACUUCAUUGUGGACGAUUCUGACACGGAAUGGCUUUUGUUUCGCGCCUCUUUCCUCACCAUUCUCAAGACCUACAUCAUUCAUGCCAUUUGUUUCCGUUUGGCUCAGAAGAUCCCAAGUCGGACGCAGGAAUCGCUGUUUCUGGUGAUCGUCUGGACAGCAAUGAUGGUGCAGAUCCAUUCCUGGUCAUGUUUCUUCAUUUGCACCGCAUUGGCACUGGUUAUAACGGGAUUGGUUGCCUACUUUCGCCUCGAACUCAUCGCAUGGGUUGGAUGCAUUCUUUUUGUGCUGAAUUCGGGCCCUCAAUACCUACCGUAUUCCAUGCAGCCGGAUGUGUAUUACCGAGAGUAUCAGAUGUACGUCUACACGGCGGUAAAAGUAAGUUCCAAGCGAAGUUUUGUUACGCGUCAAUCCAAAAUAGAAGAAAAAAAUUUCCCGCCCCUUUUUGGUGAUUCGUUCAAAACGAAAUGUCACUAUCCGAUAAAAGGCGUUUUCUUAUCUUUCUUCUUCCUUUUCGAGAAAAAGCAACUAUUGCGGGCGAGAAAAAGUGUCGAUAAUUUCGCGACAUUUCAUCUAUCUUUUAAAUCGUGUGUUACCUUAUUUCAGAUACUCAACUUCAACAUUUACCUAUGUCGAAACAAGGAGGUCGCAAUCAACCCGUAUCUUGUCCUCCUCUACAUCGAAUACCUCCUGUAUCCACCAUUUUGCUCCACAUUGAUUGUGCUUUUCGAUGACUUCAAGAACCAACGACACAAUCAAAAGCCCUUCCAGCCGAAGGAGAUGGUAAUUUUGGCUCUCCGACUGGGUUUGUGGUUCGGAGUGGUUGAAUUGGCUCUUCAUUUCCUUCGAUUCAACGCAUUCUUCAAUGCUCCGUUCACUACAAUGACGGGAUUGCAUAAUUAUCAGGGUAAAUUUUGAGAUUUUUUUGUUUUUGUGCGAUCUGGACUUGAUGACAAAACAAUUUUACAUCGGAUGAGAAAAAAUUCAACGUAUUUUACCUUCCUCCUUAUUUUGUUAGAAACUAUGCAUCAGUUUGUCGGGAAAAUAGUGGCAGAUCGUGUCGCGGACGAAAUUUACAGUUGCGACUAGCCGUCGCAAAGCGAUGGUGGGCGGUUCCAAGCCAAAAAAAAAUAUUCGAAAAAGUCGGACUGAAAUCGGCGACAUGCACAGUGCGAAAACAAAACUUUUCUUUGCACUGUGCAAUUUUUUGCUUUUUGGACCGUGCAAUAGGCUUUUUCGGCUGUCGCUCGCACCCUGACUUUUUUCGCACUGUGCAAACGCCAAAAAAUCUUUUUUUGCACUGUGCGGGAAACCCCUUACCGUAAUCCCUACUGAUUGCUCGGUGAAAAAAAAUAAAGAACCUUCUCUUCCUUCAACCGAGAUCACAUGCAGGUAGCGGACUUUUUGGGCCACCCGCAUAAGUUUGUGUGUAGUUUGCGAAGGACGGACGGCGGAACGACCACAACGAAAGGAAUGAACAGGAGCCGUUCUAGUUUGAGAUCUGUCAAUUAAAAAUCCCGCCGUCUCCCUUCGGACUACAAGUCAAUCCGGUGCGUGGGGGCUGAUAAAACACGACUGCAGUGGUUGGAACAUAAAAGAGUUUUGUUUUUGAGCUUUUUGAGACUGUUUUUGAAUGUUUAACGGUAUAAGAGAGAUGAUUAGAGGAGCGUUUUGUCAUUUUUAAAUUAAAUUUUGUAAAGCCCUUAGAUGAUUUUACUAUUAUUUUUCAGUGGUCUCCAUCGCUUACCUGGCCGGCCAAUACUUCCACACAAAGUAUGUGGUCAUCUUCGGAAUUGCCCGUCUCUUCGCCCACAUCGAUGGAAUCACCCCUCCCGAAUCGGCCAUCUGCAUCUCCCGAGUGACCAAGUACUCGCGAAUGUGGCGCUACUUUGAUCGGGGGCUCUAUCAAUUCCUCAAACACCAACUCUACAUCCCGUUUCUGGGCACUGGAGACACGAUCACCUUGAUCGUCCGACGAUUUGUGGCUAUGGUCGUUGUGUUCGGAUUUGUGUUAUGUUGGCAUGGACUGAAUGCGAAUUAUGGCUAUUGGGUGCUACUGUCGGCCGUUGAAUUGGUCAUCGAAAGGGUCGGAUUGGCAUUUUACAACUCGAACUUGGGCAGGAGGUUAAGAUUUGCGGUUGGAGAAGCGCACUUUGCCCGAUUGUCUGCUGUUUGUUGCAUUACCAACGUAAUUCCUGGGAUCUUUGGGGCCUUCUUCUUCCUGGAUCAUAAAGAUAACGGUCUAAACAUCUUCAAGAACGUUUUAGUCAAAGGAUUCAACAAACUUAUCAGACUUGACGUCCAUCCAUACAAUGAAGGCUUUGUUCUUUUGCAUUUAUUAUUGUUAGGCUACUGUUUUGCCCACGUUUGUGCAUUUUUACAUGUGAAACUGGAUUCUAAACCAAAACAUUCGAAGAACGAAUAA